AAACUUCGCUCGCAGUUUCUUAGGAAGGGUAUUGAAGUAAUUUUAUUAAUUCCUCCCGCGGGUUCAGCGCGCUCACUAGAAAAUAACAUUACUGUUUUUUUCAAACAAAGAAAGACCAAAAUUGAAUUCUUUAUUUAAAAAAAAAAAAUUGAAAUCCUGCUAAAAAGCAAAGGUUUAUAGAUCGUAUAACGACGAAUCGGCGAUAGAAUGCAGCCCAAUGCUGUGCGUUUGGUAACGAAAUUUACCUUUAUCUUCGUCUUCCUCACUGUCUCCGCCGUCUCCGCCAUCAAUGAUUCUCAGGUAUGUAGCAGAACCUGCGUAGCUGAAAACUGUUAUACGGUUGCGAUCCGAUACGGAAAGUAUUGCGGCGUAGGGUGGUCCGGCUGUCCCGGAGAAAAACCGUGCGACGAUCUGGACGCUUGUUGCAAGAUCCACGACGAAUGCGUCGGGAAUAAAGGUUUGGUUGACGUAGAAUGUCAUGAAGAUUUUAAGGUUUGCAUAACGAAAGUACAAGAAUCCGGGAAAGUUGGGUUUUCUCGGAAAUGUCCAAUUAAUACGGUGGUGCCUGCGAUGAUUAAAGGUAUAGAUAUGGCUAUUUUACUGAGCCAAUUAGGCGGUACUAAAUAUGAUGAACUCUGAUUUUUUCCCAAAUUAAAAAAUUCAUUUGAAUUGGGGCUUUCCAUUUAUGUGUGGAUUUAUUACAUUUGAUGAAUAAUUUUGUUAUUUUCAUCUGACCAUAUUUAUUUUUUUAUACAAUAUUUAAAAUUAGA